CAGUAAUUGCAGAGGCGGCGGCCGGCAGCAGCGGAGGAGGAGGCGGGGACCGAAGAUGGCCGAGUCCCCGGAGGAGGUGGCGGUGCUGGUGCAGCGGGUGGUGAAGGACAUCAACAACGCCUUCAAGCGCAACCCCCACAUUGAUGAAAUUGGAUUAAUUCCCUGCCCAGAAGCCAAAUACAACCGGAGCCCUAUAGUCCUGGUAGAAAACAAACUUGGGGUGGAAAGUUGGUGUGUCAAGUUUCUUUUGCCUUAUGUUCAUAACAAACUUCUUCACUAUAGACAACGAAAGCAAUGGCUCAACAAAGAAGAAUUGAUAGAUAUCACAUGUACGCUGCUGCUACUAAACCCAGACUUCACUACUGCUUGGAAUGUCAGGAAAGAACUAAUACUAUCUGGCACUUUAAAUCCAAUUAAAGAUUUAUACCUUGGGAAACUGGCACUUACUAAGUUUCCAAAGAGUCCAGAAACAUGGAUUCACAGACGAUGGGUGCUACAACAACUAAUUCAGGAAAACUCCUUGACCACUCUUGUGAGUAAAGGGAAUUUGGAAAUGGCACCAACAGAAAGGAUACAACAAUUAGUAAAAGAAGAAAUGGAUGUCUGUUGUGAAGCUGCUGGGAGAUAUCCAAGCAAUUAUAAUGCCUGGUCCCAUCGCAUCUGGGUUUUACAACACUUGGCAAAGCUCAGUGCAAAGAUUCUGCUUGAUGAACUUUCUUCCACUAAACACUGGGUUUCCAUGCAUGUUUCAGACCAUAGUGGAUUCCACUACCGCCAGUUUUUAUUAAAGUCCCUGAUUGGCAGAACCAUGACUGACAGUACUGUUCAGAUGUAUAAUCAGACAACCAAUCAACAAGCACCCAGUCUUCCAAAAGCAGAAGAAAAUGAUGAAGCAGAAGCUGCCUGUGUGGAAGAUCAAAGACCAGAUCAUCCCUUUCUUCUAAAAGAAGAAGUGGAGCUCUGCACUGAUUUAAUUAAUACUUAUCCAGGGCAUGAAACUCUGUGGUGUCACAGGCGGCAUGUGUUCUACCUUCAGCAUCAUUUAAAGAACAGACUUGUCCUUCCAAGCACCUGGAUGGUGGCUGCAGAUGGCAGUGAUGAAACCUUGAAUAACUCUCACCCUGGUGUUGCCUUUGGUCAUGUAACUCAGGCCAUGGAUGUGGACGGCUUGAUUGAAUCCCACAAACAAGGCUACACUCAAGAAAUCAAGCGCCUGAAACGUGCUCCUCUGCAGGACUCUGUCACUUGGGAAACAGAAUACAGGUUCAUCAAUCAAGUUCUAUCAACAUGCAGGGAUGUAGAUCAGGCGAGGUUUGCUGGGGCAUACAGGAAAUGGCUGGUUUCUUUUCUAGCUCAGUGAAGGAAGAAAUAAAAAAAACCUGCAGGGUCCCUUGUUUAGUGCAAUAUUUUCUCUUUGAAACACAGGUGCACAUCCUGGCUCUUGGCACUUUCCACCCUUUUGAUGUUGUUGUUAGUGCUGAACUUCAUCUGUUAAUGAUGGCUUUAGUUUUAUUUAUAUGUUUAAAAAUACCUUGGUGUUAUCAAUUUAAAGCUUCUUCUGCACUUACAUUUCUGUUUAAGGUAACUCCAUAUCACAUUUGUCCCCCUAAUUUUUUUAUAUACUUAUAUUAAUCCCUUGAAUUAAAAUGAUUAGAAAAUUUUAAAUAGAGUGGUAAGAAAACAGAUAGGCGUGUCUUCUGGUUAGGAGCAAGCUUGCUUUCAUAUUCCCUUCUAUAACAAAUGGACUAGCAGUAUUCAAAGGCAUUGGCCUUUGAAAACAAACAGAUAAUGCUCCAGAUAUGACUGUAGACAAGUUUUUGGCCACAUUAGAUUGCAGUAAGAGACUUUGGAUUAUAACAUUGUAUUGUCUUCAUUACUCCACCGCUCUUCUGUAAGAGUUCAGGCUACAGUCGACAUGCUUCCAAUGAACAUUUGAAUUACUCUGAGCGCCUUCCAGUACUAUAACUUGUUCUUGCACUGUUGUACCAGACCAGUGGUAGUGAAGUACAGUUGAUAGGAAAUUGCAGGAGAGCUGUGAUAAGAUCUCUCUCUCUCACACACAGACACACACACUUGUCUGUAAAACUCUUUCUUACGUAUAGUAUUUUUAAUUUAUUUUCCUUAAGUCAGUAUUAAUUAUGUAUAUUUCCAGAUGUUUUGUGAACACUACAGAUUUGUGCAACACCUCAUAAAAGUACAACAUGCCAUAGACACAUCACUACAGAUAUUUAGAAUGAAAAGCAUUAUGGUGACUGGCCUUUUUGCAUUUAAGCAGCAAAGGAAUGGAGACUUUUCCCUAUAGCCAUGCUCUCAUUAAGAAAGACUGUUAAAUUCAGCCUCCUCCUCCUUGCAUCCUUUUAGCAUAAACCCAUCGAGCGUGGACUGGGCGUAGAUGCAGUUUUUCUUGUAAUCUAGUGUCUGUUGCUUUGCUAGCAUUAACAGUGAAAUAGUCUUACUGACAGCAUUGUGUGUUCAGUUGGUGUUUGGCCUGGAGUUGUCAUGCACACACAAGAUGAAUCCUAACCAUAACCAGGAAGCACCUGUGUUGAACAGACAAUACAGGACAUCAGUUGUCAUGAUUAAGUCCAUGAUAGUACAUGUAAGUGUAUGCACAAGUGCAUACUUCCUCAAAGCCAAUACUGCUUGUUUAGAAAUAAUGUACCAUUUUACAAUAUGCUUGCUAAAAUAAUGGUUUGUUUUAGUUUCUCACCCAGCCUGUCAACUGGGUCAGGUCCAGACACUGAUGAAACAUUUCCAUUUAUAAUCUUUGUGCCUAUUUUCUUUGUACAAAGUGGAAAGAUGCAUAUUGCUGCUUUUCUAAGUAAGAAAAACUAGUAAAACCAGUACAGCAGCUUGGUUCCAUUGUCCUAAAGGGUAUCUGUUGUUUAUUGGUCAGUUUAAAUUUCAUGCAAGUAUUGGAACAAAUUAAUUAGCCAAAGGAAGAAUAGUGAAUUAAUUAGCCAAAGGAAGAAUAGUGAUAUCUCUUUAGUCUCAUAGAGUUUACUUGAAGAGCCACUGAAAUCAAAGGAAAUGUGGCCACCUAGGAAUAGGAUUUUCUCAGCAGAUAAAAGUCCUGGUUGUAGCUAAUCCAUUCUGAGAAAGUGGAAAACUUUUCAGAUUUGGGUUUUUAAUGUACAGAAUGUUACUAGAAAUGUCAAAAUAAUACAGAGAAUGUCAUCUUCCAAUAUAUUAUAUUUUAUUUUUACAGUGAUACUUUCAUGUAGGGCAUAUUUAUCUAAGUUCUGGGGAUGGUGCAUCCCCCAUUUAAUUUGGAGAGGUCACAUGGUAUUCUCACACAGGGCUCAUUUAAAUCAGUAAAGGAUGCAUCACACCAACCCACAGUGGAUUUUAGUCUAUUUGAUAUUCUUCCGUUUUACCAUUUCUCAAGUUUAACCAUAUAAAUGUAUGAUGGAAAGAGAAGGAUAUGUGAAGUGGGGAUGCAAUAAAGAAGGUUGUUCGUGAUGGACAGAUAAUUCCCUCUUUGCUCGAGUCGAAUUGAUUUUAUGAGAGCUUUCAAAGAUAAUAGUGAAACGUGACUUGAAACCCAUUUUUGCUUUCCAUUUGAUUUUUAAACUGAAGUCCCAGCUAGAUUCCCUGGAGCUAUACAUAAAUAGAGAUGGCUCUGCUUAUUAAAGUUGGCAGCCCUUCCAUUAUCGUAGACGUAAGGUCAAACUCUGCCCUCAGAUACGCUUUUGUACGUCUCAGUGAUUGCAGUAGGAAUCACUUACGCUGCAAUGAAGACCAAAUUCCAAGACUACAAUCAACUUCUAAUAGUGAUGCCAGGUUUUAAAUUUGGCUUGAUAGCUUGUAAAAUGUAGAGGAAGUUCUUAAGGGUUUUAAGAAAUAGAAUAGGUGGACAAGAGGUUUUUUUUUAAAAAUUACAAAAAUAUUCUAGUGACUGUUUAAACAAUUCCUGUGCAAACUAAAAACUCUACCGUUUUGCAGCUGAGAUCUUUUAGUGUUGGGGACUUAAAUGGAUAAAUUGACAUGGCUCAUAGCAAAAAAUGUAUUGUCUCUUAAAAACUGAAGCUGCCACAAGCAGUUUUUUUUCUGUUGACAUAAUUUGAGUGUCUUAUGUAAAUACUAUAUGAGAUCAUUCCUUAGGAAUAUAUUUUCAAGUGUGAAAGUUUGUGGUAUCUUGUAACUGAGAACUUGAAGAAGUGUGACCAUUUAAUUUUAAUUUAACUGGUUUCUUUGAAGUAUUUGAUCGGGGAUAAGGCUAUAUAAGCAGCAGUUAUAUUUAUUUAGUUGUGCCUUGAAGCUCUGGUGAUUACCAUACAUUAAAAGUCACCAGCCACAGUUCUUCAGUGCUAAAUAGUUCAGGACUGAACAUUUAGAAUGUCAGAGGUCAAGGUAGUCAAACUUAAUAAUUGAACCACAGCAUUAAUGAGGAAACACCUGACUUCACCUGUUUAGCUCCAAGCACUUGGCAGUCCGUAAUACAAAAUUAUUCAGUACUACACUGUGGAUGUUGUAUUUAUGGGUUCAAAGACCCUUUCUCUUUCUCGCUCUGUAUGAUCUAUAAGCAAAUGCAGGCUUGCUGUCUUCUCCAGCCCCAUGUACUGGAUCCUGUCUGGCUGUGGUACAUUUCUGAUGAAAAUGGAUUGCAGACAUUUGCAGGUGGGGUAUAUUUGGAGCAGGCCACCCCCUGUCUCAGGGCCCCAGUGCUAUGGCAGAGCUGGGCUGUUGGACCAUGCCUGGAGGUGAGAUACGGCCAAGGAGACUUGGAGUUGGAUCAGAGCUAGUGCCAUUAACUAGUUGAAGUAACCCUGUCAAGGAAGGCUAGAGUGCCCCUGGGAAAUGCUGUGAUGUCCUGGAAAAAGCAGGACACUGCUGAGCUGGUCACCAGAUAAACGAGGUGCUCACAAGAUCUGGAAGUCAGUGGCUGGGACUUAUAAAAUCAGUGGCUGGGACUUAUAAAAGCAGCUGAGCGCCCUCUAAACCCCCACAGUCAGAGGCUGAGGGAGAAGCAUUGUGUUGACUCUCCUCCAGGCUGAGAGAGGAAAAUGUGGUGGAGAAUCAGGGUGAAGGCAAACCCCCCCCCAUCACCUGAUGAUGCUGGAGGCCCAGCAAGCUGGGAAACUUCCUGUGGGGAAGUGGCAGUUUUAGGUCAUAGCUCUCCAACCCCCAUAUUACAUGACAUUUAAAAAAUGAGAGUCACAUUUAAGAGUAUUAAACUAUGAGGUCAACAUAGCAAACAACCAUUAUAUAAUACUUUCUGCAAUUUAUUUCCCCAGAGGACACUUCGAUCAGGGGACAAACAGUUGUUGGGGGUCCCUGGCCCCAAGGAGGCCCGCCUAGCCUUGACUAGAGCCAGGGGCUUUUCACCAGGCCUGCAAGACAGAGUUGUUCCGCCAGGCAUGAAAAAAGGGAUGUAUAAAUCUUAGCCCUCCCUGUGAAGGCUGUCCACCAUCCUGUUUUAAAUGUGUGUUUUUUAAUGAACAUGAAUCUUUUAUUGUAUUUUUAAUAUGUUGUUAUCCGCCCUGAGCCUGCUCGCGGGGAGGGCGGAAUACAAAUUUGAAAUAAAUAAAUAAAUUUUAUUCUAUUCAACUUAUACCCUGCCCUUCCAGCAAGCAGCCUCAGGGCAGCUUCCAACAAAAUAUACUGUUAAAAUACAAUAAAAUAUUAUUGCCACAUUAAUCCAAAUAGCAUAAAAAUCCAGGCAAAUCCAAGCAAAUCACGCUACUGCAAAGUCACCAUAAACCACUGGGACUGCCAUGAUGUAACUCUAGGGUGGCUGCAAAAGGAGGGUAUAGCAGUCUAAUGCUGGCCCUUACUCAAAGACCUAGCAGAACAUCUCCAUCUUGCAGGCCCUGCAGAACUGUAAAAGGUCCCUCAGGGCCCAGAUCUCCAUUGGGAGAGCAUUCCACCAGGCUGGGGCCAGGGCAGAAAAGUCCCUGGCCCUAGUUGAAGCCAGUCGAACGUCCCUUGGGCCGGGGACCACCAAAAGCUGCUUAUCCGCAGAGCACAAGGCCUUGCGGGGGACAUAAUGGGAGAGGCAGUCCUGUAGAUAUGCAGGUCCCAGUCUGUUGAGGGAUUUAAAUACUUAAACCAGUACCUUGAACUAGAUCUGGAACUCAACCGGGAGCCAGUGCAGGGCGGAUGUGUGCCCUAAGUGGUGUCCCCAUAAGGACACAUGCCGCUGCAUUCUGGACCAGCUGUAACUUCUGGGUCAAACCCACUGGCAACCCAGCGUAGAGCGAGUUGCAGUAGUUCAGUCUUGAGUGCCAAUUGCCUGACCUUCUGAAGAUGAAAAAAUGCAGAUCUGGUGAUUGCUGCAACUUUGACCUCCAUAGGAAGUGUGGCACCCAAGAGCACACCCAGGCUCUUCACCAUCGAUGAAGGCUGUAACUGCACUCCAUCGAGGGCUGGAAGUUGGAUUCCUAAUUCUGUCACCCCUGACCCAGAUACAGGACCUCCAUUUUCUUCUGGGGAUUCAACUUCAGGCAACACUGACACAACCAUUCCGCCAUGGUAUCCAGACACCGGGCCAGAGUCCAGGGCAGUAUCUAACUGGCUGUCCAUCAACAGAUAGAGCUGGGUGUCAUCAGCAUACUGGUGACAGCCCAGCCCAAAGCUAUGAACCGUCUGGGCAAGGGGGUGCAUAUAGAUGUUAAAUAACAUCGGGGAAAGAAUUGCCCCCUGAGGGCACACGAAGGGAUGGUGGGCGGACAUCUGUUCCCCUAGUGCCACCCUCUGUCCUCAACCAUGGAGAAAGGAGUUCAGCCAUUUCAGGGCUCUCCCAUGGAUCUCCACAGCAGUGAGGCGGUGAGUCAAAAGAUUGUGGUUGACUGUGUCAAACGCUGCUGUAAUAUCCAAAAGUAUCAGCAGUGCCAACCUGCUCCAAUCCAGGUGUCGCUGCAAUCAUCUGUUAGGGCGACCAGAGCUGUCUCCUUACCAUAGCCAGGCUGGGCCGAACUGGGAUGGGUCCAGGGUAGAGGAAUCAUCUAGGAAUACAUUGUAGCUGUUCUGCCACCGCCCUCUCAGUUACCUUGCCCAGAAACGGAAAAUUUGAAACUGGUUGUAAUUGGCUGGCUCAACCGCAUCUAAUGAGAUUUUUUAAAAUAAGAGCUGCACUACUGCCUCCUUCAAUGAGUCCAGAAAACCCUGGAGGUCAAAGAAAGAUUAAUGAUGUCAGCUAAAGGGGCCCGGAUUCCGGCAUCGCCAGCUUUCACCGGCCAUGACAGGCAUGGGUCCAGUGGGCAUGUGGUAGGCUUCACAAAACACAGGAUCCUAUCCACCUCAUCCUGGGAGAGUAGCCUGAAGUGGUCCAAUAUCAACCCUGAAGGGUUGAUCAAUAUCAACCCUAAGGGGCCUCUAGUUCACAUACUGUCUCAACAUGUACAUUGUCCUGUGCUGAAUUAGUAAAUCACGUUGUUUCAUUUAUUGUAUUUAACUAUAGUAUGUAUCAAUUAACUAUUUUGGCACAUGGGUGUAAAAUGAAUCUUCCCUAGCGUGUUACACCAUAGGUACAAUAUUUGGAACUGUCAUCCUAUGAUAGUAUUGCAAAAUGUAGAAACUCUUUCAAAAUUCUGUGUUUUAAAACUAUGGAAAAUGCCUGUGUGAAUACUACUGCUUAGGAGGAUAAAUACAUUUGUCUUUUUGGAGGGAAAUGUGGGUAGAGUUACUCCACUGCCCCCACAUGAGCAUUCUUGAUAGGUAAUUGUAAUAUAGGUGUUUCGUUCUCCCUUUGCAUGAAGUUUGAAAAGUAAUACUGCCAAAGGACCAGAGUAGUUACAUCUAGCAUUGUCAUCAAUGCAGUGGUGAUAUAAUUUAAGAUAAAAACUUAAUACAGAAGUGGAUUGAGCUACAAUGAUAUUUUAAGUGGUACGCGCAAAUGAAGUCAAUACCAGUAAAAAUCAUUUAUUUGUAGUAUGGUUUAUAACAUUUGCUUAUCUGCUUUUCUUUGCUGGCUACUCACCUCAGCACAAUGCUUACACUUUGUUUUUUUUAAACAGUUUUAAUAUACAAAUGUUAAAUAAUGGACACUUGAGUAAUCUGUACAAUGUAUUAUUAGUUACAGGAUUAUGUUUAUGUAGGAGACAUAUGUCAAAGAACAGAACAUAAUGAAGUUGUGGUACUGUUGGUUUUACCAAAAUCCUGUAAUUGCUUUAAACUUUACAUUUCUCUUGUGUGGAUGAUAUUCUGUAAUUAGAAUAUACCCGUCAUAAAAGGAUUCACUCUUCCUUGGACUACUGUUUCUGAAAUAACACAGUUUGUAACACUUCGUAAAUAAUGUUGGCCAGUAUCAGGAAACACCUGGGUGUUAGUUAUACAGCCAAGUGCAGCGAGUACUUUUUAAAAAUGCUCUGUAGUUCCAUUCAAGUCAUCCUAUUUUUCAUUUAAAUAUUGGUGCUUUAUUCACAUUCUAAACUAUUGUUUCUUUUAGAAUACAGCUGAGUUUUUGAUGUCUUCUGUAGUGUUGAAAAUCGCUGUCAGUUUAUAUUUGCUCUGCUCAGGAUCAACUGAGUGAAAGAUGGAUAUGACUUUUAAAAGCACCUUAGAGAUUUUCCUUUCCACUGACAGUACUACUUAUGAAAUUAAAACUCUUUAGAAAUGAAGUACCAUGGGGAGGAGAAAAACCCACUACUAUGGGAUGUUUUAAAAGCAAGCUUAGGUGAACAAAAAACCUGGUGAUGGAAUAUUUUUCUUCUCAUGGCAUUUAUUGUGUGGUGUUCUGAAGAGGUUUUUUCUGUAAAGCAUGUAGUAUAACAGUGGUGGGAGUGGUCUUUUUCAGAUAACUGAUUAUCUUCCCAAAACUGAGCUAGGAUCUAUUAUUUUUUUAUAUAACCUCAGGCUUUGAGGGUUAAAAAGCAAGAACUGUGUCAGCAAAGCCAAUUUCAUUUCUUUUCAUGAGGCGUUUAAAACAUUUGAAGAAAACAAAAGCUUCCAUUUGGUUUUGAAGUCAGAAAGCUUUCUAAUGCCUGAACUCCAUGCUGCCAUUUCCACAGGCCAGCGCUGUACUGUUAUCAAAUGACAGAAAGGGGCACGUGUGGGGUCAGUUUACUCUUUUGCUAUAGCUCAAGAUCACUGAUGAGAUUUCUGACUUUUCCUUCUGACUUCGAGUUUGUACUGCUGUUUUACUCAGGACAUAGAAUAUCUAAUGAGUCAGGGUACCUUUUUAUCCUUAUGUAGUCUGUAUGAUUUGUAAAUAUUUUAAAAUGAACUGCAUAACAAUGGUCUCUUUAACAGUUUAGCCAUCUAUCUAAUGCUGUAACUGGUUAACAGCUUUUAAAAACCUGCCUUUUGCACCUGAUCUGCAUAGAUGCAGUCUACUUUGUAUCUUGAAUCAACACAGGUAACUGGCUGCAGUCUUAAACAUGCUACAGAGUAAGCACCAUUUAGUAUAUGAGGCUUACUUAUGAGUAAACAUGCUUAGGAUUGCACAUCAUAGACCUAAUCCUGUAGGUUUCUAAGUAUUUGUUUACCUCUUUGCACCAGAGUGUUCCUGAAAGGAGGACAGCUUAAUGUCCUGUAUAACAGCACGAGUCAUUAAUUUCUUCUGCUGCUCUAGUCAAUACAUUAUAACUUUCUACACUGCAGUGGAACUGCAGACACCAAGAUCAUACCUAUAGCUAGUCCUGCAGGGCAAAGUGUUGUUUCUCUCCUAGACAGGUACGAUUUUUGUGCGUAUAGCACAAACAAUGCUGUCUGGAACAUACAUGCUCGGUAAUAUUGGGUGUGACCCAGCCAGUGUUAAGCAGUGCACCUGGGCCCUGUGCAUGCUUAGUCAAAUGCAAGUCCCCCUGAAUUCCAUGUGCUUACUCUCUAAUAAAUAAGCAUGGGAUUGUAGUUUAAAUACAAUUGAUUUCGGCACACAAGCAUCUCAUGCUGACAAUAGGACUUCAAAAGUGCUUAAAUUUUAUUUCACUGUAUCCAAGACAAGCAAUGGAGGAACGUUCCAUGAAACAGUUAAGUGUUUAAAAUUGGAUACAGUGAAUAUUUGGUGUGAGCAGAAAUGUACAACAGAAGCUCUAGUAGAGACUACACAUGUAUAUGACUGUGACCAACUGUCCUGUAUGCACUUAAAAAAUUCAUGGAGACAUUUGUGCUGAAAAGGCAAGGAUUAUUCCACUGUGUAAUACUGUAAACUCAAUGUAAAUCACAUAACAUAAGAUACCACAAGAUUAAAUGCUUUCCCCACAUUUCUCUAAUGGCCCAAUUUUUUCCAUAUAAGUUAAUCAUAUUUCAGCUUUGUUUGUGUUUUCCUUGGUUAAAAAAAAGUCCUUGCUUACCUGUAUUACUGUCAUUACAAUGUAAUGUUUCAAUCAAAUUGUUUUAAUGUUUGCAUAUGCUACUUUUACAGAGUAACGUAAUGGGUGCAAUUCAUUCAUCCACUGAUGCUGUACAACCUCCAUUAAUUUCAGUACAAGAGCUUUUUGUCUGUCAGGUGGCAUUGAGAGCUAGAAUAAAGCAAGUCUUUGUCAACUUCA